CGGAGGCCACGAUGCGUUUGGGCAUGUCGGCCAGGAGCGCCCGCUCCGAAGAAGGAAGCGAUGUCUUCCUGGAGGGACCGGUGGAUUGGGAGCUCAGCCGCCUGCAAAGACAAUGCAAGGUGAUGGAGGGUGAGCGGCGGGCCUACAGCAAGGAGGUUCACCAGCGCAUCAGCAAGCAACUCGAGGAGAUUCGGCAGCUGGAGGUGUUGCGAGCCAAGCUCCAGAUGCAGAUCGGCGUGGCACAGAGCCAGGUCAAGAGACUGAGAGACACCAAGCGUUUGGAGGACAUGGACCGGCUACUCAAAUGCAGGGCCCAGGUGCAGGUGGAAACUGAGGCAUUGCAGGAGCAGACCCGGGCACUGGACAAGCAGAUCCAGGAGUGGGAGAGCCAUAUCCUCACACAGAAUAAGGAAGCUUCAAACCCUUCUGUCAUCUUGGAUCAGAAGGUGAAGGUACAGAGAAGAAUCAAGAUCCUAGAAGACCAGCUGGACAGGGUCACGUGUCAGUUUGACGUCCAGCUGGUGAGGAACGCAGCCCUCCGGGAGGAGCUGGACUUGCUACGCAUUGAGAGGGCUCGGUAUCUGAACAUGGACCGCAAGCUGAAGAAGGAGAUCCACCUGCUUCGGGAGAUGGUGGGAGCGCUCAGCACAUCCUCCACCUCUGCUUACACCGCCAGGGAAGAGGCCAAGACGAAGAUGGGCAUGCUGCGGGAGCGUGCGGAGAAGGAGGUGUCUCAGAAUGAGACAGAGGCACAGAUCCUGCAGCGACAAAUAUCGCAUCUGGAGCAGCUGCACCGAUUCCUCAAGCUCAAGAACCAUGACCGGCAGCCGGAUCCGGACAUUGUGCAGAAGCAAGAGCAGCGAGCCUGGGAGGUGGCAGAAGGACUCCGAAAGACCUCCCAAGAGAAGCUCGUGCUGCGUUUCGAGGACACUAUGAACAAGUUGGCUCAGCUGACCGGCGAGAGCGACCCUGACCAGUUGGUGGAGAAAUACCUGGAGCUGGAGGAGCGCAACUUUGCUGAGUUUAACUUCAUCAACGAGCAGAACUCGGAGCUGCAUCACCUUCAGGAGGAGAUUAAAGAGAUGCAGGAAGCCUUAGUCAGUGAGCAUGCCAGUCAGGACAGCCAGCACCUGCAGCAACAGCAGCAGUGCAGGGUGUUGCAGCAGGAUGUGGACAAGGUGCGCUCGGAGUCCCAGCAGCUGGAGGUGCACUUGCUGGCUCUCCAAGCUCAGCUGGAAAAGCUCAAGGCUGAUAUCCAGCUUCUCUUCGACAAGGCUCAGUGUGACAGCAGUGUCAUCAAGGAUCUCCUUGGGGUCAAGACCUACAUGCGGGAUAGGGACAUGGGCCUCUUCCUGAGUAACAUCGAGAAGCGGCUGGUGCAGCUCCUUAUAGUGCAAGCUUUCCUUGAGGUCCAGAACCAUACCCCUUUGGCUGAAGCUGCCCUGCUGGCCUUAGGCCAGAGCCAAGAGGACCCUCCAAAGAAGACCACCCCACUGCAGCCUCCUGACACCCUGGAGGACUCCCCAGCUUUUGUGGUCAAAGAGGAUUACCCUAUGAGCAAGGAGGAGCUGCUGAGUCAAGUGGUGAAGGCGGUGGAGCUCAAGAACCUGGAGGAGUCCCCAAGGAAGCUGGACAGCAGCCCGAGCUUGGCUUUCUCCAGUACUGAGAUCUCCCUGUCAGGCCCCACCCUGGGGAUCUCCAAGAGGACCAGCACAGUCCCUGAAUCCAUUCUGAGCCACAAGACAAGCCGAGGCCGCGGCACCGGCUCCAUAAGCCACGUCACCUUUGGUGACUCUGGUUCUGUCACUGGCCCUGUGACCUUGGGUUCUGCUAGUGCCAGUGGGGUGGCAUCCAGGCGGAGCUCUGGGGCGGCCCGAGGGGGCUUCAAGCACUCCAGCUCCAGCAGCUACCUGGGGUCCACUGGCUACUUGGAGACCAGCCGCCACGAGAGCUUAGCAGGCGGCACACAGAGCCAGAGUGUGGCGUCAGAGCUGAGUAGAGGCCCUAGCUCCAGCAGCGGCCAGGCGUCCAGUGCUCUCCCUGCCUCCAGGCCCAGCUCCUCUACCAGCAAGGACUCGAGGGCUUACAACUAGGGCUGCAGGUCCCUUUCUGCCGCAGCUCCUGGCAGCUUUUCUAAUCUUCGCCUUCCUCUUCCUCAGAGACUCUCCAGUCCCUCUACGCCCAGGCCUCUUGAGUUUGCCCCAUCUCUGUCCAUCUCCCGCUCACGCAUUGUUAGGUUCUCUGUCUUGGCUUCGCCUCAUUGUA